UUCUUUGGUAGGCAGAUAAGAUGUUUUGCAAGGCGAAAGGCAGAUACUCCAUAAGCUAUUCCCACCAUAUCCAUAUCUUUCAGUAACAUUUUAUUAAGAGAGUGAUGGUCCAUAAUUUAAAAGCUUAACACUCUCUGCAAAAAAGUGGAAAAAAAAAUGGCAGCCAAAAUUUUGUCUUCCUCCUAUGUCACUACCAAAUUUCAUCUUCUACCGAAACUACCCUCAUCUUCAGCAUCCCACUUCAACUAUUUUCCUAGGACUACCAAUUCUCAUUUCAAAAUUAAUUCAAAAUUAGGAGGAGAGGAAGCAGAAUCAAAGAAAGAUGGGAAGAGAAAGUUCAUUACCAAAGAGCAAGAACCAGAACAGUACUGGCAAACGGCAGGCGAAAGGGAAGGAGAAAAUCCCAUGGCAACUCCCCUUCCAUACAUUCUCAUAUUUGGCAUGUCUACGCCUUUUAUUAUUUUAGCCAUUGCUUUUGCUAAUGGCUGGAUAAAGACUCCCAAUUAGAUGAGAAACCAAAAUUUCUGCCAUCAGUGUAUCAGGAUUAAGCAGAUUGUAUAAUUGUCACUUGAAACUUCUACAUUUAGUUGGAUGACAUUUAAACAUCUUCAUUUUUGUGAAA